AUGGCGAGAACGGCGACGAUGCGAAUCUCUCUCGGGCGUCUUGCGAUCGUUCAAGGCUGCGACCCCGAAUCUGACGCAUGCCAUUGCGCCGGGAUCAGGCCGUAUAAUGGAGGAAACAAAGCAAAUACACUUCUCGGCCACAAACGUAACCUCGUCUCACCGAUGUGUACGGGUAUAUGUUGA